GAUUAUGAUAGACUUAGUGGACACGACUAUAGAAAAGACUUUUUUAAGAUUUCCUAGAUUAGUUGUACUUAUGAGAAAUAAAGCACGAGCUUGGCUAGAUGAAUGUAAAGAACAAGCAAAAAAUCAUAUUAACUUUACAUAUCAAAUGGAACUAACUGCUUAUCCAUAUACUCUCGAUGAGAAAUUGAUGAUAGACUUAAAGAUGGAAUAUUUUGAAUCUCUUCGCGAAGCAGCGAAGAAUGAAAUUAAUAAUAAAACUUCAACUGAUACGUUAAAUGUCAUAGCAUCAGUUAUGGCAUACUUAAAAAUUGCAAUUAAACGCUAUGUUGAUGUUAUCCCUUUAACGAUAAUUCACUCGUUUAUUAAUGGAUUUAGUGAUC